GAGAAACGGGCGACUCGCAGAGCCUCCAAUAGAGGGCCGUUUCUUGCAUCCUCCCGCUCGGACCGGCAGGGGGCGCCCCCAGAAGCCGGAAGGCGCGCGGCGUCCAGGUUGUCCGGUAACGUUGCGGAAGCGCUGCCCAAGCCGGCAGGAGGCGAGACCGCCAAGAUAAAGACCGCGGCGUCGCGUCUCCGUUAGGGACGAUCAUGAAGAAUACUGGGCCCCAGACAACCUUGAGGUACCUCACUGCAUACUUCCCUCCAUAUAGAUGUAGUUCCAUUGAAGUCUACACAGAUAUUCCCAGAUAAUGAUGUUAGCCUGAUUGGUAUAUAGUUUCUUGAUCCAUUUCCCCCCCCUUUCUGAAGAGUGGAACCACAUCAGCUCUUUUCCAGUCCUCCGGUAAUUUCCCCAUACUCCAGGAGCUCUGAAAGAUUUUGAAAGUUUUUUUGCCUAAUUCACUUUUUCCAAGUGUGGCUUAUCCAGGAUAAUGGCAGGAAAAGUAAAGUGGGUGACUGACAUAGAGAAAUCUGUAUUAAUAAACAAUUUUGAAAAGCGAGGGUGGAUCCCAGUGUCUGAAAAUGAAGACUGGAACUUCUACUGGAUGAGCGUACAAACUAUUCGGAAUAUUUUCAGUGUAGAAACUGGUUAUCGUCUCUCUGAUGACCAGAUUGUCAAUCAUUUUCCUAACCAUUACGAACUAACCCGGAAGGACUUAAUGGUGAAAAAUAUUAAAAGGUACAGAAAAGAACUGGAAAAAGAAGGUAGUCCUCUUGCAGAGAAGGAUGAAAAUGGAAAAUACCUUUAUUUAGACUUUGUACCUGUCACCUUUAUGCUUCCGGCUGAUUAUAAUUUAUUUGUUGAAGAAUUCCGAAAAAACCCUUCCAGUACAUGGAUUAUGAAACCUUGUGGAAAAGCUCAAGGGAAAGGAAUUUUUCUCAUCAAUAAGCUUUCCCAAAUUAAAAAAUGGUCUCGAGACAGCAAAACAUCUACGUUUGUAUCUCAGUCCACGAAAGAAGCAUACGUGAUUUCCCUGUAUAUCAGUAAUCCACUUCUGAUUGGUGGGAAGAAAUUUGAUCUACGUUUGUAUGUAUUAGUAUCUACAUAUCGUCCUUUGAGGUGCUAUAUGUAUAAACUUGGGUUUUGCCGAUUUUGCACAGUAAAAUAUACCCCAAGUACAAGCGAAUUGGAUAACAUGUUUGUCCAUCUUACAAACGUUGCCAUUCAGAAACAUGGGGAUGAUUACAACCACAUCCAUGGUGGCAAAUGGACUGUCAAUAAUUUGCGUUUGUAUCUAGAAAGCACUCGAGGGAAAGAUGUCACAAACAAGCUGUUUGAUGAAAUACAUUGGAUAAUUGUACAAUCAUUGAAAGCAGUUGCGCCUGUGAUGAACAAUGAUAAACAUUGCUUUGAAUGCUACGGAUAUGACAUCAUUAUUGAUGACAAGCUAAAGCCAUGGCUUAUUGAGGUUAAUGCUUCUCCAUCUCUUACUUCCAGUACUGCAAAUGACCGCAUACUCAAGUACAAUCUGAUAAAUGACACGCUUAAUAUUGCUGUGCCCAAUGGAGAAAUUCCUGAUUGUAAAUGGAAUAAACCGCCCCCCAAAGAAGCUCUUGGGAAUUAUGAAAUUUUAUAUGAUGAAGAGAUGGCACAAAGUGAAAUGUCAGAUCGUGAUUUGCGAAGUCGCUCUGGACAGUCUGUUGGAUUUAAGGGAAACCGAGCCAGAGAUCCUGGAAAAACAGGGAUCCUUACUUGGAAGUAGUAGAAUAAAUUGACUUAUUUAUUUUUUGGGGAAAUUCUGUGUGGAUAUCUUUUAUUUUAAUUUAUUUUGUUUUUUUUUUAUUUUAUUUGUUUGAUACUAGUCCAGAGAAAAGAACGUUGCUCAAAGAUGAGAGGAUAGAGGCAUGUGCUAACAUUUCAAGUUGAUCAUUAGAUCUACUGUAAUUUUACUCCAUACUUAGUAUUAUGCAAGAUUAUUAUGAUGCAUAUUAUAGUAGAAAAAGCAAUGAAUUAAUGCAAACAAA